GCUUCAUUGUUUAGUUUCGUUUCGGUUUCUCUCGCCUCCACUAAUCCCCAGCCACUAUUAAUCGAAUUGGGACGACUGGUAGUUUAAGUGAAGUGGAAUUUAAAUAAUUCAAAUGCAGUAACAUUGGAUUCUUAUUCAACUAUUGAACAGCGUAUGCCCAGAGCAUGACGACAAAUAUGACCAGUUGAUAAGGGUAAAGUAGCCAUAACGGAAAAUGGGCAAAUUAAGUUAUGCGUGUGAAAUGCGAAUUGUUUUACACGAAGGAAUUUGCAAAUGACCGGAAAUUAAAUUAUUCAGAUCCGAUGUGUCAGAACUUUUGAGUUUAUUCUUGUGUAGAAGACAGUGAAUUUCAACUGAAAUAACAACAAAUGUUUCAUUGUGACUUUAGUUUCAAUCUUCUGAAUUAAAAAAUUGGUACCAGUUAGAACAUUUUGCACUGAGAGAAAAUAAACAAACGACAGUUGAUAAUAGUGCAACGAUAAUAAUGAAUAAUCAGUGAACUUUCUGGAGAAAGCCCAAGUUCAGCACGGAUGGUGAACUCGAGGAGAUAACCUCGUGCUAUGUUGAUUAGGAAUUGAAAAUAUCGACAGUAUGACAAGUUUUACCAACAAAAAUACAUAAUAUAUCCAAGUGCCCUGAAACAUGUUGCCAAAGAGCCAACAAAAUGUGUUUAAACACAUCUGCUCGUGCUGUGAUUGGACGCAGAAAUUCCAGCGCCGCUUUCAAAUGAGAAGAGCCUGCAAGAGUAAUGCAAGUGAACUCAGUAUCCAUAAAGUGCUAAUAGCAAACCGAGGUGAAGUAGCAUGCAGAAUAAUCCGCACCGCCAAGAGAAUGGGUAUAAAAACGGUAGCUGUAUAUUCAGUCGCUGAUUCACAAGCGGCGCACGUGCAACUGGCUGACGAGAGGGUCCUUAUUGGACCUUCUUCAGCAAUAAAAUCAUACUUAAGCAUUCCAAACAUUAUGGAAGCGGUUCGUAAAACUGGAGCUGAUGCUGUACAUCCAGGAUAUGGCUUCUUGUCCGAGAAUUCAGAAUUUGCAACCGUUCUUGAAUCAGAGAACGUCGUGUUUAUAGGACCAUCCGCCGAUGUUAUUUCCAGAAUGGGCGAUAAACUAGAGUCAAAGCGAACGGCACUGGCGGCCGGCGUGAAUGUUAUUCCUGGAUUUGAUGGCAUCGUCACAGAUGCAGAUCAUUGUAUUCACAUUGCAAGAGCCAUCGAGUAUCCUGUUAUGAUUAAGGCAGCUGCAGGUGGAGGUGGCAAGGGUAUGAGAGUUGCCAGAAACGACCUAGAAGUAAGGGAAGUCUUCCUACUCUGCAUUCAAGAAGCGAUCUCCAGUUUUGGAGAUAAUCGCAUGUUGGUGGAGAGAUACAUAGAUAAUCCUCGACAUAUUGAGAUCCAAAUACUGGGAGAUCGACACGGCCAUGUUAUUCACUUGAACGAACGAGAAUGCAGCAUUCAGCGUAGGAACCAGAAAGUAAUCGAAGAAGCUCCAAGUGUACUUCUAGAUGAAGGAAAAAGAGAAGACAUGGGAAAGCAAGCAGUGGCGUUCUGCAAGCAAUUGGGUUAUUUCUCAGUCGGCACUGUUGAAUUUCUGAUGGACCGAGCCAAACAAUUCUAUUUUUUGGAAAUGAACACCAGGCUGCAGGUGGAGCACCCAGUGACCGAAUGUAUAACUGGCAUAGAUCUGAUUGAGGAAAUGUUCAGAGUGGCAAAUGGUUUUCAAUUGAGAAUGACUCAAGCUGAUGUGAAAAUAAAUGGGUGGGCUAUAGAAAGUAGGGUGUAUGCAGAGGAUCCUUAUAGAAAUUUCGGGUUGCCUUGCACUGGCAGGAUUUACAAAUAUCAAGAACCUCAGCAUCUAUUAGGAGUGCGCUGUGACAGUGGCGUUAAUGAAGGCAGCAAAAUCAACAUGCACUAUGACCCGUUGAUAUCUAAGCUGAUUUGUCAUGCCAACACCCGAGAGGACGCCAUUCAAAAGAGUAUCGAAGCAUUGGAUUCUUACAUAAUAAGAGGAAUCAGUCACAAUAUACCUAUUUUGCGGGAUAUCCUGAGCCAACCCACAUUUCACGAAGGUAGUAUUAGCGCAAACUAUUUGCCUGAUACAUAUCCCGAGGGAUUCAAAGGACUUAGCCUGAAGGAACGUGACAGAAGUCAACUGGUAGCUGUUGCGGCAGCCUUAUUCGUUGCAAAUGAGCUAAGGAGUCGCUCCUUGAUCAAUAUUCCCAACUUCCAGAUACGCGUAGAAGAGCAGGAUAGCUGGCAUUUGUUUAUUAACUUCGACCAAGAACAGCUCCAUGUAGACGUCUGCCAGACGAAUGGCCAAUUUCGAGUUGACAUUGCGGGAAGCGCCACAUUUUCCAUAGACAAAAACGAUAUGAAAUUGUCUGAGCUUAUUAUCAAUCCAACAGUGGAUGGCAAAACUCGCGUUUUCCAAUUGCUCGCAAAGAGCGCUGGCGGUGAAUAUCAGAUAAUAUACAAGGGCAACCUAUACACUCUGUAUAUUCUCUCAAGAAAAGCUUCUAAAUAUCUGAGGCUAAUGCCAAAAAAGCUGCACGAAGACCAGGUCAAUGAAGUGCGAGCACCGAUGUCGGGGCUGGUCAAGUCAGUAUUAUGCUCAGAAGGAGACUGGGUGAUGAAAGGUCAAGAACUCUUGGUUAUAGAGGCAAUGAAAAUGCAAAAUUUUCUGGUGGCUCCUUCGUAUGCACAUGUUAAAGACGUCAUUGUAGAUGUGGGAGAUACAGUUCGAAACGGUGAGACUCUAAUUCGAUUAGAUUGUUGACAAUUUGUCUGUCUAUUUGUAACUAUUAUUCUUAUGCUUUCCUAUGCUAUAUUGAAUGGUUCAGAUGAUUAAAAAUGUUUAAUACUGAAAA